GGGAAAUGGUCAGUGAGGAACCCUCAUAUGAAGCAGCGGGGAUCUUUGAAUAGACAAGCUUCUACAACAUCUGCUCCACGCCCUGCAGGAUGCCUGGAAACAUCAGAUCAGUGUCUUUUGUGUGGGUGGUGUUGGUCUGCCUGUUGUUCUGCAGCAGACUGACCAGCGUGGGUGCAGCACCCAUCUGUACCAAUGCCCAGGCGGGAUGCCACGUCCUCUCCCUGGCAAACCUGUUUGACCGGGUCAUCCAACACUCGGCCAGGACGCACAGCAUUUCCAAUGACCUUCACUCCGAGUUUGAGCAGUACUUCCUGCCCAGUAAGAAUCAAAUCGGCCGGGUCAGUCGCAACUGUCACACCUCCACCAUCCUCACCCCAAAUGGCAAGGAGAACGCUCAGAGAAUGACGAGAGAGGAGCUGACCGAGGUGAUCCUGAAGCUCCUGGUGGCGUGGAGUGAUCCUCUGUGGCACUUCCACCAGAGCAUGGCUCACCACCACGACUUCAACAACUUCAGCUCCAACAAAGCUCUGGAGAUGAGCGACAUGGUGCACGAGCUACGCAAAGGUGUAGAGAAAGUGGCAGAGAAGAUGCAGGUUUUGGGGAUAACAAGCAACACCGUCAGCAGCCUGGCUUCUCCCGAGGUUUCGUCGCCGUCCGACAGCGCCGAUUGGCGCCUGAUGAAAGACUACGACCUCCUCUACUGCUUCCGCCGAGACACCAACAAGGUCCAGAACUACCUGAAGAUCCUCAAGUGUCGCAUCGUUCCGGAGCACGGAUGCUAAAAGGACGGAAAAAACGACGACCGAUGGAGGCUGCGUUUAAACUUCUGAAGAUAUCAACGUGUUGGGACUGGAAAUGCUUCGGUUAGAGACUACACGGAUGUUAACUGAUAUGUUUACUCCUAUCAUGACCGGAGCUCUGCUGGAACCCAAAGACUCUACUCAACCCCACCACCCCCACUUCAUGCCUGAUAUUAUAGCGUGUGGACAAAUGUGAGUUGAGUAUG